GUUGACAGUGUGAGACAGCAGCACUAAAGCCAGUCCACUCUGAAUGAGCCACUCGGUACAGACGGGCGAUUCUUCAUCUCUCUUUCUCCAUUCAGUAUAACACGCUGAAGGCGGAGAUAUCUGCGACUGCUUAUGGGAGCCUGUUAUUACAGCCAAGUUUAGUUUCCACUAGAGUUCAACACUCUAGAUACACGGUGGUAAAUGCGUAUUGGAAAAUGAAAGUGAAGCUAUCAGAGAUGAGGAGAGUCGCGGUCCUGCUUCUGAUAACCGGCUGCGUGUGCGCGAGUGUGCCCGAGGAGCCCGCGGACAGAGCGGCUCCAUCUGACGGCUAUUGCAGCUGGAUAACGCGGGCUCAGCCUCACGGAACUGGAGGCAGGAGGGAGGGCUCCAGUGAAUUCAGACUGCGAGUGGAAGGAGACCCGGAGCAUUAUCAUCCCGGCAGCACUUACCGAGUAACCCUGUACGCAUCCAAUCCUGCAUACUUCAGAGGCUUUACUCUUAUCGCUCUGAAGGAAGGGCACAAUGGUGAACAAGAGGAGGAUUAUGCUGGAAAUUUCCAGAUAAUCGAUGAGGAAGACGCACAGUUUAUGACAAACUGCCCUCCAGCAGUGACAGAAAGCACCCCACGAAGGAGGACCAGGAUACAGGUGUUCUGGACGGCACCCCCAUCAGGCAUUGGCUGUGUACUGUUGAAAGCUAGUAUCGUUCAGAGGAAGAUCAUCUCAUUCCAGGAUGAAGGCUCACUCACGAAGCGGAUGUGUGAGAAAGAGCCACUGUAUGGAGAGACCACAGACAAACCCCUGGUGGACUGCUGUGCCUGUGGAACUGCCAAAUACAGAGUCACCUUCUACGGGAACUGGUCAGAGAAAUUGCACCCAAAAGACUACCCAAGGAGAGCAAAUCACUGGUCAGCCCUCAUUGGAGCUUCCCAUUCGAAAAACUUUAUAUUGUGGGAGUAUGGAGGUUAUGUCAGUGAAGGGGUCAAACAGGUGGCCGAGCUGGGCUCACCUGUCAAGAUGGAGGAGGAGAUCCGUCAGAAGGGUGACGAGGUUUUGACCGUCAUAAAGAUGAAGGCCCAAUGGCCAGCCUGGCAGCCCCUUAAUGUUCGAGCGGCUCCUUCAGCCGAGUUCUCAGUGGACCGCACACGUCACCUGAUGUCCUUUCUGACCAUGCUGGGUCCCAGUCCUGACUGGAACGUGGGUCUGUCAUCUGAGGACCUCUGCACCAGAGAGUGUGGCUGGGUCCAGAAGGUGGUUCAUGACCUCAUUCCAUGGGAUGCAGGGACAGACAACGGGGUCACUUAUGAGUCUCCCAACAAGCCUACAACACCUCAGGAGAAAAUCCGUCCCCUCACAAGUUUAGACCAUCCACAGAGCCCUUUCUACGACCCAGAAGGUGGUGCAAUCACUCCUGUGGCCAGAGUUGUCGUGGAGAGAAUUGCCCGCAAGGGUGAGCAGUGCAACAUUGUGCCUGAUAAUGUGGACGACAUUGUGGCUGACAUUGCCCAGGAGGAAAAAGAAGAAGAUGACACUCCAGAGACAUGUAUCUACUCCAACUGGUCUCCGUGGUCUGCGUGCAGCUCCUCGACAUGUGAGAAGGGGAAGAGGAUGAGGCAGAGGAUGCUGAAGGCACAGCUGGAUCUCAGCGUGCCCUGUCCACAUACUCAAGACUUUGAGCCAUGCAUGGGGCCUGGCUGCAGUGAUGAGGAUGCUUCCAGUUGCAUGAUGUCAGAAUGGAUCACAUGGUCACCAUGCAGUAUGUCAUGUGGUGCAGGUGUGCGUUCUAGGGAGCGCUAUGUAAAACAGUUUCCUGAUGAUGGCUUUGCUUGCAUCCAUCCCACUGAAGAGACAGAGCCAUGCACUGUCAAUGAGGACUGCUCUCCAAGCAGUUGCUUGGUUACUGAAUGGGGUGAAUGGGAUGCAUGCAGCGCCACCUGUGGCCUUGGCAUGAAGAGACGGGAGCGGAUGGUAAAAAUGCCCCCGUCUGAUGGCUCCAUUUGUGGGGCUGAGGUGGUGGAAGUGGAGAGGUGUAUGAUGCCAGAAUGCCAUACAAUCCCAUGUUUACUGUCCCCAUGGUCAGACUGGAGCGACUGCAGUGUGACGUGUGGUAAAGGCACACGGACACGUCAGCGUGUGCUCAAAUCACCUGUGGAGUUGGGAGAAUGCAAGGAGGAGCUGGAACAGAUGGAGAAAUGCAUGCUGCCAGAGUGUCCGAUGGAUUGUGUGAUGACAGAGUGGUCCGAGUGGUCAGAGUGCAGUAAAUCCUGUGGAAAGGGUCAUUUGAUCCGCUCACGCAUGAUCACUCUGGAGCCUCAGUUUGGCGGUGAUCUGUGCCCUGAGACCACACAGAGAAAAACCUGCAAGAUCAAGAAGUGUAAUCAAGGAGGGUUAAACAGUGAUGAGAGGAAGAGGCGCAAGGAAGACCGUAAGAAGAGGAGGAACAAACAGGGAAGAGAGGAGAGUGCCGACGAGCUCGCAGGAUGUAAAAUGAAGCCAUGGUCUGCAUGGAUUGACUGUACCAAGCUGUGUGGUGGGGGAAUCCAGGAGCGGUUAAUGACGGCCAAGAAGAGAUAUAAGAAUGCACAACUAACUAGCUGUAAAGACCGAAAGGAGAUACGUGCCUGCAACGUCCAUCCCUGCUAGGGCGUACUGAAUGGGCUUGUGCGAUGGGACCCAGUCUAUAUUAUGAACAGUCUCUGACACACUGUCUUGCAGUAUAUUUAAUGCUCUCUGUUUCGGGUUGGAAAGCUGUCUGUUAUUUUUACUCUUAUUUUCUAGAAUUUGUUGUGACCUAGGCAUUGCCUAGCCUGCAAAGGAAUGGGAAAUCAAGGUGGAGGGUGAUCAGAGUUGCAAUGUACUGUACAAAUUCAGAUGUAUUAAUAUGCAUAAGUAUUUGAGAGUAACAUCUCUCUGUGAAGCUUUGAAGAGGGGAAUUCUUUUGAAGAUGGAUUUUUCACAAGCAAGAUCAUGUCAUAUUGAAGAUUAAUAUUUUCUGACAUGAAAUGCAAAUACAAAAAAAAAAAUCCUUUUAUAGUCUGCGAUCCAAUCACACACACACACACUUACAGAAAAACAGCAUACUUACAUUAUUAUUAUUUUAUUAUUAUUAUAAUCGUUCUUAUAUGUCAGACAUCAUGUGAAGUGAUUUCCACCCCUCGCUAUGGCAGUUCACAUUUCAAGUUUUAUUUCAUGUUUUAUUGGUAUAUAUUCAUCAGGUUUUGUUUAAUUGUAAGUAUCAGUAUGUAAUAUUUUGAUAUAUAUAUAUAUAUAUAUAUAUAUACGCACACAAAAAUGAUCUCAAAUCCUAAAUUUGUACAUUUAGACACUGAAACGUACAAUAUGGGCAUAUUGACAACGUAUAAAAUGUUAACACUAUUAUGUAUUUACAGCUAUAGAAACAUAAAGACCCCAAACAUAAAGAUAACAGACUAUUAAGUGUAAGUACCAUCAUUUAUUUAUUGUUAAAAUGUCAAAAUGCAGUACCAAAGCAGUCAAAGUGGCUAAUGUUGAUCAGUCACAGUUCACUCUGGCAGAAUAUAAUUUUUUUGUGUGGUACAGAGUAGAAUAUACAGAAGUAUCAGCAAAAGCUGUUAAUCACUGAAAAUCUUGUUCCAAUAUACUCUGUGAAGGUGCAAAUAUCUCCUUCAAAUACAUAUAUUCAUUUUAGGGAUUUAAAGUGUAGUCUUGUUUGAUAUUUAAUGUUAUGUUAUCCUUUUAAAGUGAAUGUCAAUUGCGGUUGAUGCAACUGACAUUGUAACCUGAUCAUAAAUUCAAAAUCAAACUAUUAAUUACAUCAAUUCAGUAUUCAUAAUUAAUUAUUCAUAAGCAUGCUUGUCUGUAAAGUUCUUAAUGCAAACAAGAGAGAGAGAGCUUGUGUGAAUCUGGCUACCUCUGUGCGUCUCUAAACAGAGCUGUUAUUACCUCGCUAGUGAGAAAUGUUGGCUGCAUCCGAAAACUGAAAAAUGCUGCCUUCGGAGGUCGCAUUCCAAGGUAGGAAGGCAUCAAGGCACAUCCGAAAACAAUGUCAGCUUCAUUUCCUGUCUCCUGAGAUGGCUCCAUCUAGCCAGUUUUUGAAGGCAGCAUAGAUGUAUCCUUCACUGCCUUUAAUAUCCCACAAUCCUGUGCGCUCCAUUGUGUGCCAAAAAAAUAAAGAUGGCGUCUGAAA